CGGUGCUGUGUUAUUGCACAACAGCAGCUGUUGUUCUUUCGGUGUUUUGUGCAAUACCUACACAAAAAUAGUAUAAAUACCCGACUGACAGUGACCGAGUUAGGUUUGAAGGGUAGACUUCCAUAGUUAGGGACAGGCCUAUUUGGCCAAGCUUUGCUUUAUUUCUCCGUUCCAUUUUACAUUUGUGAAGUGCUCUUACUUUUCAGUUUUCUUCUCACAAAAUCCCUUCCGACAGAAGUUCUUUAUCAACAACUACAAACUAUAUUAGUAUUUUGUGUUUACUGUUCAAUAUUCAGAAAAGUAGAUAUAGUAAGCCACAAUUUAGUACCCACUGGGUUAUGUUCAAAGAGUCCAACCAAAUUUGCAGAUUUUUUGGAAAAGGAAAACUUUGCAAGUACCGGGACAGCUGUCGAUUUCGACACGUAACUUUUGUUAAUUAUCCACACGAGUCCCAAAACCAAGAUGAAGGCAUAAAUAAUAACACAGCCGAGUUGGUGUGUGAGUCGAGUAAUUCUUUUUCAUCACUAGAAGACCAGAGAAGAUAUCAACAUGAGGUGUCAGCAGUAAGCGAUCUUGAUAAGUCUCCAGUCAAGGGAAUUUGCCGUUUUUAUUUACGAUUUGGCAGUUGUAGAUAUGGAAACAAUUGCCGAUAUCAGCAUGGAAAUGCAGAGAGACAUGUCAACCCUCAACCUUCAGAAUAUGUAUUUGAAGAUGAAAUUACAGGCACACAUCCCACCCACAGUCAUUAUGACUUGAAACCUGACCAGAACUUGCCUAAAUAUACUGAAUGUGGUGCAACACCAAAUGUGGCAAUCAACAGGAGCAAAUUAUGCAAAUUCUUUGCCAAACAUGGCAGCUGUAGAUAUGGUACAAGUUGUGUCUUUGAACAUGCGUUUCUGAAAAAUGCAUCGGAGAAAGGUGCAUACUCCCGUAUAGCCGAUAAUGGAACUCCAUUUGAACCAGCAAUCGAUAAUGAAACUGCAUUGGAACAAGCAGCUGAUGAUGGAAUUGCACAGGAACCAGCAGCGACCAUCGUUACCAAUUACCAAAUAUCUAACAGGUCGGCAUCAAAGAUGGAAAAUGAUUUGCGAAAGAAAAAGGAACGCAGGCUGUGCCCUUAUUUUAAAACUGGGGACUGCAGGUGGGGUCGAAGGUGCAGAUUCCGACAUCCCCGAGAUGUCAUGGAAGACAUGUCAGAUAAUUUCCAACACAACAUAUGUGAAGAGGUUGUGAACACACUCGACAACAUCAACAUAACUACUGAACAUGUGCCAACACCACGACUUACAAGGACAAAGCUUCCUGUCCGACCAUCUCAGACCCUAAGAAAGGAAGACGCAACUGAUGCUGCCAUUGAAAAGCUACGACAGACUGAGAUUGAACAGAUGAAGAAGCGAUUCACCAAAGACAAGUUCACCAUUCUUGAAGACCAGUCAUCUGAGUUUAAGAUGAAGUUCACCUUCUGUCCAAGUGAUCCUGAUUGGCCUUUUGUUGUGAAAAUGUUUGAUCUUCUCGUGACAAUUCCCAAGUCCUACCCAGAGCAGAUGUUCAACAUUGUCCUGCCAGAACAAGAUGUUCCUGAAACUGUUAGGAGAUACGUUGAGGUUUCGAUCACUGAAUGGUGUGAUGAGAGAAAAAGGUUACUGGAGAAACACGGCACAUUAGAAUUACACUUUCGUCCAUUCUUGCGAUGGUUAGACAAAAACCUUCAAGAAAUUGUCACUGAGGGGCUUAGGCAGCUAAGACGAGAGAUAGUUGCCAAAGAUGUUGGAUUUCAGUUUAUUCCUGCCAAAGAGUUGCAAGCCACGUACAAGACUAAAAACUACUCUGAUGACUCAAACGAUGAUGAUGAUGAUGAUGAUGAAGAUGAGACAGAUAAUCACUUUGCUGUUGAAGAGAACGAGGAGGAUGAUGUAGCUGCGAGAGCCGAUGCCGUGAAAGCAGCCGAUGGAUUGAUUGAUCCCGAGAAGAAGGGGACGGAAAUACAGCUACGCAAUCUCCAGCUGAACGACGUGUCGACUCUUCUGUUUUCCUCGAUCCGCGUCAUCAUCCAGUGCGGUCGGUGUAAACACAAGUCGGAGUUCAGCACCCCUGGUAACCGUGUGAACUCUGUGGCCUGUGCCAAGUGUAACGCCACUCAGAUCCUGGUGUUCAGGCCCUGCAUCGUGCACCAGUUCACUUCCAUCAUGGGCUACCUUGACCUUGAUAACUGCUCCGCAUUUGACCUUGUCCUUCAGGAGUCUGCCGCAGCUGUAGGAUGUCUGAAUUGUGACAAGGAAAACAAAAUAGAGGGUGUGUCGGUAGGCCAGGUGUUGGACACUUGGUGUCGAUUCUGUCAUCAGAAACUGAGGAUAGCCACAGAAUCUGUCCGCUUCACACAGUUACAGCCUUCCACUGUUGACACAGAUGAGAGCCGCACACACAAGGUGCAGGUGAAACGACUCAAGAAGUUCAAAGAUCCGGCCAUUCAAGAAGGCAAACCACUCCCUGAUCAGGGAACAUGCAAACACUACAAGAAGAGUUUCCGCUGGUUUCGGUUUCCAUGUUGCGGUAUGGUUUACCCAUGUGACUUGUGUCAUGAUGAGAACGAGUUUGAUCAUGAGAUGAAGUUGGCUAACAGAAUUAUCUGUGGAUACUGUUGCAAGGAGCAGUCAUAUUCCCCAGACCGGCCCUGCAUAUCGUGUGGACUGAUGACCACGAAGAUGAAGAGUUGCCACUGGGAGGGUGGAAUGGGAUGCCGUGAUAAGAUCAAGAUGAGCAAAAAUGACAGUCAGAAGUACAAAAGUAUGAACAAGACUGUCUCGAGACACUCACAGAAUGUAAAAGAUGGAAAUAAGAAGAAAACAAAACUUCGCCAUGCCUAAGCAAAUCCUUUUUUCCCCUUAUGUUGCAGUACUGAUUAAUUUUAUUAAUGUGGACACUAAUUAGUGGGGUUUUAAAAAAAAUUAAUUUAAUUUGGACAUAAAUUUAUUAAUGUGGGACCUUAAUUUAAUUUUUAAAAUUAUUUUAUUUUAUUUUUUUGUACAUUUACCAAUUAAUGUAUUAUAUUAUAACAUAUUGGCCAAAAGGGACUGGUGCUUAAAAUCUAACCUACCAACAUUCUUUGUUCCUCCUGUUUUAAGCCAUUGUUAUAUAAUUCUGACUACCCGAAUUUUCUCCGACUUAAACCAUGUAUUAAAAACCUGAUAAAACCGGAACCUGUCGGUUUCGAAACCGGAUUGAUUUUUUGCUAAUUAACCUGAACAAACCAGUGUAGUCUAAACGAAUGAAGGGUCCGCUUAACGAAAACAAUGCAGACCAGGGGUCUAAUUCACAACGGUCUCUUUAGGCUCUGCCAGACAACAAAGCAUCCUCUUUGCAAGUCUUUUAGCAUUGCACUGCAAGAUCGCAAAGUUGCGAGAGCUUUGUGAAUUAGGCCCCUGAAUUUUUGCUUUGCAGCAUCUAGUGUUUUGUCGCAGGUCACCUAUUUCUGCGGUCUUAGCCCAGCAUAGCAAUCAUCUGAGUAAUUAAUGCUCGAUUGUU